AUCUCAAACUAAAUUAUCAAUUUUCUCAGAAUCCUCUCAUGUCUCGUCUCUUCAUCUCUCAUAUCUGGUCAUCUGCAAUCUUCUUUUCUCUGGUGAGCUCCUCACAUCUUCUUCUAAGAAACCCCUCUGUCUCUCCAACCACCGUUGAUAAGCUUCACCACCACGCUCCUUUUGGAACCAUUACGUCGUCACAAAAACACAUCAAUGCCUCUGCUCACAUAUCCAUCGUUACCCUCUCUCCUCUCCGGAGACACAGAAACAAGAAACAAAACGUCGUCACCUGUCUCCAUCUCCACCUUGUUUCAGUUAGAAUAUCGUCUAGUCUCUCUCUCUCUAUCUCUCUCUCUCUCUUUUGAUUCUGGUUUUGUCACCGUUUUUGGUAUAGAAAGCUGAUGGAAAGGAUUUCCCAUGAAAGUUUGAAUCUUUUUUAUGUUUGUGUUUUGAAAUCUGGGUUCCAGGGAUAAACAGAAGAUGAAGAACAUCAGGAGACGGAGAGAAGAGAGAAGAGGCGAAGUCGGAGCUCUGUAGUGAUGGAGAUAGCGGCUAUGACUAAAUUGAUGUAUCAGCAUGAAAGCGGUCUUUUCGAUUUUAGACGGACUGAAAGCUCUCCGUUGCUGCUUGUAAUUGACAAAAGAGAUGACCCGGCAAUGGUGCACGAACUCAUAGGACUUGAGGAUAAUAAAGUUGACGUGAGAGCCAUUGGAAGUCUUUCAAAAGAUCAGCAAGUUGAGGUGGUUUUAUCAUCAGAACAAGAUGCAUUCUUCAAAGCUAACAUGUAUGAAAAUUUUGGGGAUAUCGGAAUGAACAUCAGCAGGUGGCCAAGAGUAACAAAAAUAUCCAGACAGUAGGUAAAUAUAUGAGGACAUGGCCAGAUUUGUUGACAGCUACCCUGAGCACAAAAAAAUGCAAGGCAACGUGUCAAAGCAUGUAACCCUGGUUACUGAAAUGAGCAAGCUAGUUGAAGCAAGGAAACUGAUGCUGGUUUCACAAACAGAGCAGGACUUGGCUUGCAAUGGUGGCUCGUGGAAUUAAGGUCUGUAUCUGAGAUUAUACCUCUCGAGGAACUUCGUAUAUCUCCCAAUAUAUGUCAUGUUGCUGACUUGUUGAAAAAAAAAAUUCAGGGGGUUGAGAAUGUAUACACUCAACUGCAGCUAGGGUUUUUUUAGAUUUUGUUUUUAAACCUGGUUUGUAUGUAAACUGGUUUAGUUUGUAAACCGAAUUUUUUUGUAAUCUGGUUUAAUUUAUAAACCGAUUGUAAACCAAAAUUUUAAUAUAAACCAAAAUCAUUUAUAAA